UGAGACUAAAAUCUUCUACUUCAAGGAAGUGAGCAACGCCCCAGUUACCUCAGCCCAAGUUCACCCGCACUGACCAGUGAUGUCGGAGGUCAUGGACAUUGUCACUCAUGGGAGAGAAAGAGAGCUGUCAGACAGCCUAAAGCCUUACCUGGUGAGGAGGAACGAGCUCACAGUUCAGGCUGGAUGCUUGUUAUGGGGUUUUCGAGUCAUCAUUUCGCCGCCACUGAGAAAGCAGGUGCUUGAGGAACUCCAUUCAGGGCACUGUGGCAUGGUGCGAAUGAAAGAGAUUGCGCGCAGCUACUUUUGGUGGCCAGGCUUAGACGCAGCUAUCGAAGACAAGGCCAAGUCAUGUUCUGCAUGUCAAAAGAUGAGAAUCAUGCCUCAGCUAGCGCCACUACACCCAUGGGACUUCCCAGAGGAGCCUUGGCAGAGAGUCCACAUAGACUUUGCAGGUCCACUGGAGGAUCGUAUGUUCUUAGUCGUAGUUGAUGCACACAGCAAAUGGCCAGAGGUCGCCAUAAUGAAGAGCACUUCAUCAGAGAGAACCAUCGAAGAGCUACGGUCCAUCUUCAGUCGCUUUGGAUUGCCCAUGCAACUCGUUAGCGAUAACGGCCCGCAACUGGUGUCUGAAGAGUUCCAGUCAUUCAUGGAAGCAAACGGAAUCCAGCACAUCAAGUCAGCUCCCUAUCAUCCCGCCACGAACGGCCUAGCGGAAAGAUUUGUGCAGACGUUGAAACAAGCUCUAAAAUCAUCACAAGGAAACGGAUCGCUCAACAAGCGCCUAAGCACCUUCCUGUUGACCUACAGAAACACCCCCCAUGCUACAACCAAAGUGGCCCCAGCGUCAGCCAUGAUGAAAAGACAGCUGCGCACACGACUCGAUCUUCUGAGACCACUGAAGACUAAGCAGGUUGUACAGACACAACAAAGAGCACAGGUGGAGAGACGGAGCAAGGCAAAACACAGAAGCUUCAGAGCUGGAGAGAGAGUUCUUGCUCGGAACUACUGUAAAGGUCCGAAGUGGAUACAAGCAACAGUUGUCGCACAAACAGGCCCUGUGUCCUACACAGUUCUAACACCAGAGAACAUCAUCUGGAGGAGACACGUGGAUCAACUGUUGCCAGGAACCAACCUCAGUGAUGACUCAGGUCAAAUGGCAAACCCAGAACUUUGA